AUGGCAACUGUAAAUAUUCGUGGUGUGGACGUGAUGUUCCCUUUUUCUCCGUAUCAAUGUCAAAUAGCGUAUAUGGAUAAAGUUAUAGAGGCAAUCGAAAUGAAGUUUGAUGCAGCUUUGGAAUCGCCAACAGGCACUGGAAAAACUCUUUCUUUAUUGUGCUCAACUUUAGCAUGGUUGCAGAGGCAGAAGUUGAAGAUGCAAGCCUCUUUUGGAGAA